AUGCACACAAUAAACAACCAAUAACAAUUGCAGCAGCAUCUCGCAUAGUAGCAGCAACAGCAGGCUUAGUUCAACAAUAGACCUCCCACAAGAAAUGGGGAGAACUAAAACACAAAUGUUUAAAUGAAUCAACAACCUUCCCAACUCGCCAAGGAGAAGGCAGAUAUCGCCAAGGCAUUCAUUGAGAAAAAGUAUUAAAAACUUAAAUGCGAAGAGAAGGAAAGAAAGGAGGCUUGGGACAUGCUUUCUAAAAAGAUGGCGAAACUUAAUUUAAGUGAAGCAGAGCAAGAGCUGAUUAAAUAAGAUAUAUUGCAUAAGGAAGCCGAACUCAACAGAAAAAUGAGGAAGAAGAUUACUGUAAGAGACUUUGAACCUUUGAGCAUUAUUGGCAGAGGUGCCUUUGGAGAGGUCAGAAUCUGCAGGUACAAGGAAACAGGGGAAAUAAUUGCAAUGAAGAAGAUGAAAAAAUCUGAGAUGCUUUAUAAGAACCAGGUAGCACACGUCAAGGCUGAGCGCGAUGUUCUUAUCAAAGCUAGGAAUCACUGGAUUGUGGAACUCAAGUAUUCCUUCCAAGACGAGAGACAUCUCUACUUAGUAAUGGAGUUCUUGCCAGGUGGGGAUUUGAUGACUUUAUUAAUGAGGAAGGAUAUCCUUUCAGAAGAGGAAUCUAGAUUUUACAUUGGAGAGACAAUCCUCGCAAUAGAGACCAUUCAUAACUUGAACUACAUUCACAGAGACUUAAAGCCAGAUAACAUCCUUCUAGAUAAAAAUGGGCACAUUAAGCUGACUGACUUCGGUCUGUGCAAGCAUGCUGAAAUUAGACCACAGAAAAUGACUGAGUACAAGCAAAGUGAUUUUUCCUAAAACUUCAAUCAGUUGAAGUCAGUGCUUGACAAGAAACUAGGAUAUAAAAGAUCAAGACAGCUAGCUUAUUCAACUGUGGGAACACCUGAUUACAUUGCACCAGAGGUGUUCGGUUAAAAUGGCUACGAUGAGACAGUAGAUUGGUGGAGCGUAGGUGUAAUCUUGUUUGAGAUGCUUGUUGGAUAUCCACCAUUCUUUUCAGAUGAACCUUCAAUCACUUGCUAAAAAAUCAUGCACUGGAGAAAGACCUUUGUGAUUCCACCAGAAGCCAACCUCAGUCCAGCAGCCACUGACAUACUAAAGCGUCUGAUUAGUGAUUCAGAGGUAAGACUGGGCAGAAACGGAGUUGAGGAAAUCAAGAAUCACCCUUUCUUUGAUGGCCUUGACUGGAGUCAACUUAGAAAUCAGGAAGCACCUUACAUGCCCAACGUCACUUCAGACAUUAGCACUGAAAACUUUGAUAAAUUUGAGGAGGAAGAACCCUUUUUUGGCGAUAAAAAUGGCAAGAAAGGCUUUGGAGGACGCAAACUCGAUAUGAAUUUUAUAGGGUACACAUACAAGGCUGAUGUUGAGAAUGAAAAGUCGAUGCUAGUCAAUGUUUUGAAAGAUCUUGAUGCCAUAUCUGAAACUUAGGGUCAGCCACAACUAGAGAAAUAGAAUAACAGCAACAGCAAUGGAAGGUAAAGUUUAAUGCACACUAGUGGUGGCUUAAGUUACAGAGACUCAGACAUAAGCAGAAGUCCGUCUGAUCAGCACAUGCCAAAUAAAAGAGACAGUUCUCAAAACAAGAUGCAACAGCAAAAUAAAGAAGUUCUGAAGUUACCACCAUAGUUGCAGUAAUAAUUAAUGAUGAAUGUUCAGCCUAACUUCAUAAUGAGUCCAGAUGACUUUAACUUUGGGGCUUAAUCUCCUUAAGCUUAUUACAAUGGUAUGCCUCCAAACAUCCAGCAAUCAGUGAUUUCUUAAGUGAAGCCUUCUCCCAGAGUAAAUCCUAACUACCAGCCAAAUUAAUCAUAAAUCCAGUAGCAACACCCUCUACAUUAGACUUAGCAAUAAAUUACUCAUAAUCAGUAAAAACCCUCACCAAUGAGAAAAGAACUUGGCAAUCCACACUAGUAACAGCAAUAAAACACUAUGAAAUUUAACAACCUAAUGCAAACAUCUGCUAAUAACAGUAAGGGCUUCAAUGGACUUCAUUAGCAGUAGGCACUUCCCCAUAAAGAUCAAAUGAUGCAUCAGCAAUAAUAGCAUCAUCCAAUGUCAACUAAAACUACUCAACCGCCCUCUGGUAACCAGUUGAGAUAAAAUAUUAACAUAAAUAAUAAAAAACCAACAACUGCAAACACUGGCAUACCAGCAAGUCAGCUGAACAUCUCGAACAUUUCAAAGUAGUCUACUAAUGUAAUGGGAAAGUAAUAACAACAAAACAUUGCUCCUUAGUUCAAGUAAGAAUCGAGGUCUCCUCCUAAGAUCUUCCAAUCUCAAAACCCUAAUCAAUUACAUUAAUAGCAGCAGUUACAAGGAAAAUAAAUGGCUUAAGGCUACGGCACUCAAAUUGGUGCUUCUGGUAAUUAGCAGAUGAAGUAGUAUGCUAACAACACUCAGCAAAUUAAUUCGCAACAGCACUAAUACAUGAACGGUAACAUACUAGUCAACAACGGAAGUGGAGGGGCCAAUAGCAUUGAAGAGUCUUCCUCAGACAAUGUCAGCAGUAAUCAAACAUCGCUGUCUUCACUUAGAUAAUGA